AUGCACAGGUCUGGCGUGGCGAUUGCGGACAGGAAACACGCGAUUAACAUAGCCUGUACCAUCAUUUUGGCUCCAUGUGUCUUGCGCCCUAUAGGCAGGUUGGCUCGAUUCGACGCAACACUAGCGGCAAGUGCACCGGAGCUGUGUGGAAGGGUGCACAUCUUUUUUGUUAGCGCACCUGCAUUCCGAGCGUUAAGGAAUGGUGAUGCUCACGGAAUGCAAUAUAUCUUACAUGAACGAGCUGUGUUCGACUUUUUGAAGCAGAAACGCAUCGUAGCCGAUCUACUCGACUCACCGGAGGAGUACAAGGAGGGCUUGCAUGCGAACGUUAACUAUGACACAGCUGGAGUAACAGUAGAUAACUCUUAG